AUUUGAGUUUGAAAAGAACAUGACGAUGGCUCUACCUGCUUAUAGAGGCUUACUCCGAGCGGCGAGUAUAGCCUUCCGAGGGGACGAACGAGUGUUAAGUGCUGCGCGAUCCUCGAUACGUGAAGGUUUCCGAGCCAAUGCCUCACUUGAACCGACGAACCCCGAAGUACCAGGCGCCAUAAAGCAUGCGGAAGAAGUUGCUGCUAUAUUACGUCAAAACAUAGUGCAGGGCAAGAAGGACGGCGAAAGAUACAAGCUACGGAUACACGAAGAAACCGAACGUGGAGACAAUGAUACGGUGAAAUUCCCGGGCGGCCAGACAGUCAAGAUUGACGGCAAGAAGUGCAGCGAUAGAUGACAAGGGCUAAAAUCAUUGAGCCCAUGAAGCAUUGUAUUAUAUCAUGAUACCCGCCGUGUACUAACAAACAUCAUCGCCACUCGUCAGGUGG